AAAAAAUAUCAAGUAAAAUGUCAAAAGCAGACGAAUGGUGGGGAACCUGGCAAAAAUAUAUAAUGGGCACGCGGAAGCAAUUGGGGUUAGUUUGCAGAAAAUCGUGCUCAGCCCAGAAGACUAGGUUGGCUUGCCCGUCACUCGCAAUGAAUGAGAUAAAUUCGUCAGACGUGCAGAACCUCACUUUAGACUUAAUCAAUGAGCAAAUCAAGGAGAUUAAUUUCAUCCUCGAUGAAUUUUACUUAAUAUCAUUGGCAAUUUUCAUCAGCCUUAUGCAAAUUGGCUUUGGCUAUUUGGAGGUGGGCUCGGUUCGAGCCAAAAAUGCAACCUCAGUUAUGAUGAAAAACAUGAUGGACUCUUUUCUUUGUGGCACCGUUUAUUGGCUCUUCGGCUUCACCCUGGCGUUUGGCACUGGUUCGUCCUUUGCCGGUCUCUACCCUUACGUCGCUGGCUACAAGUUGCAAGAAAACAAGAUGUUUGCCAAGUGGUUUUUUGAACUCUCCUACGCCAGCACGCCGUCCACAAUUGUGUCCGGCGCCGUCGCCGAGCGUUGCAGCUUCAUCGCCUACCUAAUCUACAGCUCGCUAAUUUCUUGUGUCGUUUAUCCCAUCGUUUGUCACUGGGCGUGGACACCUGAGGGUUGGCUCAAAGUUAUGGGCUUCGAGGACUUCUGCGGGAGCGCCGUGGUGCACCUCGUCGGAGGAAGUUGCGCCAUAGUCGCGGCCAUUCUUCUCGAGCCGCGCUACAACCGCUUCAGUAAGAAGAACGAAUUCGAUCCUGAUGAAAAUUUUGAAGGACACAACACGCCGGUGAGUGCCCUGGGUGCUAUGUUGCUGUUCACCAACUUCCUGGCUUUCAACGCUGCCUCCGUUUUGCACAUUUCGCAGCCUGGAGAUGCGGAACUAGUGGCCAAAAUCAUCAUCGUCUCUCUACUGAGUGCGUGCGGGUGCGCCACCAGUUGCCUAUUUCUCAGCAAGGCAGGCGCUUUCAACACAACUGCAUUCAAAGGCCACGGCUACUGGAGCUUUGGACACGUUGCCAACUGCGGGCUAAUGGGAUUGGUUAUUAGCUGUGCCAGCGCAGACCAAAUCGAGCUUUGGGCAUCGUUUAUUUUGGGAGCAAUGGGCGCUCCUAUUUACGUUGGUUUCCACCACCUCACCAGGAAGCUGAAAGUGGACGACCCCAUCAAUGUCAUUCCUGUGCAUUUCGGUGGCGGCCUUUGGGGUGUUUUGGCCAGUCCGUUGCUGAAAAACAACGCCCUGCCUGGUUUGAACGGCACGCAGGCGGGCAUCUACCUGGGUUAUAACAUCAUCGGUGCCAUCUCCAUCAUGGCCUGGUCCAUGGGGUGCAGUUUCAUUAUCUUUUUCCCGCUCAAGAUGCUGCGUCUCUUCCGCUCCACGGAGCAGGAGGAGAUCAUGGGCAUGGACCUGGCCAAACACAACGAGCCCGCCUACAGGUUCACCCUGAGGGACAUUGACCUCGGCGAGUACAAAAAUUUAUUUACUACAAAUGGCUCGAUGACCCCAACGGUGUCGUCGGAAAUGUUUAAUUUCAGCGGGCGAAUUCCCUUCAAUAGACAAGAGUCGCAAAAUCUUCCAAUAGUUGCGUGACGGAGAAUCAAUGAUUUUUGCACUAAAUUCGCCCUCAUCACAAGUGUAGCCAAAUUAAGCCAGUUUUAGGCAUAUAUUUCACUAGUUUAUUCAUGAAUGUGUUAAAGAAGUUUUCCACAAACUAGAACCGGAGUAGUUUCAAAAUGCAUUGUUAAAUAAAUAUGUUUCAUAAUAAGAUUAUGAUUAUGAAUAACCAUUUUUAAAUUAAUUUUUGAAUGCUAUGUAUUCUUAUAAUUAAUUGUUAGUAAAUGGAAUGAAAAAAUAAAGACGUUUUAAAUAAUUUCAAAUAUUUCCUUUCAGUUUUGUCAAGAGAUUUGUUUCAUAUUAAGUUGAUAUAGUUAAAUCAGGGCUUGUGUUGCCGAUUGUCACCAUUAAUUAAGUUUCGUCGUAUUUUUUUAAUGUAGACUCAAAUUUUGGUCAAAAUUGAUCGGGCCAUUUCUUAGCAGAAGACGCUCCUUAACAUUAGAAAUUAUACAAUAUUAUUAAAAUGAAGCAAAAAAAAAAUAAAUAA